UUAGCUCUUCGUGAGGUUGUAAAAAGCCAACAAAAAAUCAAUCAAAAUGGUUGCACAAAAGAAACAGAAAAAGGCGAUGGAGAGCAUCAACUCCAGGUUGGCUCUGGUCAUGAAGAGUGGCAAAUACGUGCUGGGCUACAAGCAGACCUUGAAGUCCCUCCGUCAAGGAAAAGCCAAAUUGGUCAUCAUUGCCAAUAACACACCCCCACUCAGGAAAUCUGAGAUUGAAUACUACGCCAUGUUGGCCAAAACUGGUGUCCAUCACUACACUGGUAACAACAUUGAAUUGGGUACCGCUUGCGGUAAAUACUUCAGAGUGUGCACAUUGUCGAUCACAGACCCUGGAAACUCUGACAUCAUCAAAUCGAUGCCCACUGGCGAUCAACAAUAAAUUUUUAAGUUAUCUUUAAUAUAAUUAAAGUAUAAUAAAAAAAAUUUUAUACUAUAAA